AUGGUGCAGAUACUCUCCCUCAUCCACAGCAAAAACGGGUCUCUGAGUAGCAUGCCCUACCUACCAGCAGACGUCACAAACCUAAAGGCAAAGUACCGUAGAGAAAGCAAGUUGGCUGACAUAGAAGCCACGAUAGCCUACUUCGAUGAGAAAGCGAAAGAAGAUCAAAAUUUCUUCUACAGGAUAAGAUUGGACGAUGAGGACCGUGUCAGGAACAUGUAUUGGGUGGAUGGUGCUGCAAGAAGAGCCUACAAACAUUUCCGAGACUGCAUUUCUUUCGACGCGACAUAUCUCACUAAUAUGUACAAGAUGCCAUGCGCUCCAUUCAUAGGAAUAAAUAACCACAAUCAGUCAUUGAAGUUCGGAUGUGGGCUCGUUCGGAACGAAGACACGGAUGGGUACGUUUGGCUGUUCAAGACCUUCUUGGAGUGCAUGGGUGGACUUGCUCCGAUGAACAUAAUAACAGACCAGGAUUUUAGCAUGAGUGCAGGCAUAGAGGUCUUUUCGUUGGCAGUGCACAGGCACUGCAGGUGGCACAUUAUAAAGAAGGCUGAGGAGACACUAGGACCGUUCUUUGCUGACCGUCCAGACCUGCACAAGGCAUUCGAGCUGUGCGUGGACCACAGCUUGACAGUGGAGGAGUUUGAAAGGAGCUGGAUGGCUAUGAUUGAAACAUAUCAAGUCCAAGACCACGAGACGCUUGCUAGCUUGUGGGAGAAGCGAAUGUACUGGGUGCCGGCCUACUUCAUGCAGUGCUUCUUCCCGUUUCUGCAGACUACACAACGCAUUGAGGGGUUCAAUGCUAUUUUGAAGCGGUACGUGAGCCCUGGCAACUCAUUACUACAGUUUGCCAAGCAGUACACCGCUUUGCAACAAAAAAUAUUGGGAUCCGAGCUACAGCAAGAAGCAAACACCGCGCUCAAGCAGCCAAAAUUGCUAACAUAUUUACCAAUGGGGAGGCAGAUGAGCAAGAUAUACACCAACAUGAUUUUUAACAAGUAA